AUGAUUGAUGUGAAAGCAAAAAUUAAUUCAUUUUUCAUUUUUAACUCUUCUUUUGGACCAAAAGAGGGGCAAGAGUUGAAAAGAGUGCUUUUCUUCCAUCCUAACCAAAUCAGUGCUGAUGCUAGAAAAAACCAGGUUGGCCUAUGCGAAGCUGUAGUGAAAUUUAUGUCUACAUUCUCAUCUGGACCAUGUGAGGCUCUUCAAACUCAAUCAAAAAGAUAUAUAUUUUAUCAACCUGAAAAAGGUUUCUGGAUGGUUCUAGUAGUUACAAUACCCUAUGCCACAAAAGCAUCAUCAGCUAUUGGAGAAAGUCAAGGGGAAGUGCUAAACCCAUCGGUCAUGAAUGAUCUACUGGUAUCUGCUUAUAAAAUGUUCAAAUUAUUUAUGGGGCCUUUCAAAGAUAUUCCCAUUGAAGACAUUUAUUCGCUAUGUGAUGAAUUUUUCACUCCAUAUAUAAUGUCUAAGAAUCUCACAAAUGAUAUAUCAAAUGUAAUUCAAGGAGUGAGUUAUUUACCUUUAGAUAAGAACUCUUUCUUCAAAAUAGUUUGCUUCAUUGAUUUGUUAGAGGUCACUUAUCCAGACUUCAAAUGUGUAGCAUUUGUUUAUAAUGAUCAAUUGAUAUGGAAUGGACUUGCUACAAAUGAUAUGCUUACACUAUAUCAAUACUUAGUCCAGACAUUGUUACCUAAACAAGUCGAGAAAGAGAUUCAAGGAGGUGCUGUUGCUACAGCUCAAAGACAUGGUCGGUUCAUCAGUCCAGCUGAUAGUAUAAGAACCAGCGAGGAUCUAAAGAAGCUGGUCAAAGUACAUCUGCUUCGAGAAGAUGAUACAGAAACGAGACAGUACUAUUUAAUUAUAUACAGAGCUCUGAGUGCUACUGUUUGCUUUACAAUUGAUGUCAACAUCCCUUUAGAGAUAGAGACCUUCAGAUCACUGGACGCAUUCAUAGGUCCACAUCUCUCUACGAUAGCAUCCACUAUCAGCGAACAAUGUGCUAUCCACGCAUUACAAACUGCUCAAUUACUCAACACGGAUCAGAAAUUCGUAUACUUCAAUAGACUCAACUUGGCCUACAAAAGUUCUGCCUCCUUGAGUAAGCUAAUACCUUCAGCAAGUAUCAAACCAGAAGUAUUAAGUAUUAUAGCAGAUAUGCAUACCGACCACAAAAGCUUAGGAAGUUAUGGAGAAAUUAUUAUUAAAACGCCUGACGAGUACUGGAUAACAGGCAAAUCAUCAAACGAGAGGGAAUUUUACGUUAUAAUACAAGAGAAAAAUGCCAAUCUUAAAGAGAUAGCCGAUGAAGUCAAACGUAUCUGUGAAUCACAAAUGAAGGGUAUAUUUUUUUAUCCUAUGUAAUGAAAUUGAAGAUCCUUACGUGUCUUUUGACCUAAAUAUAACACGAUGGUUGGGAAUUUGAAACGGUAUCAGCUGGCGUCGUCAAGGGAUGUCUUUUAACUAUGUUAAUUAAGCCAUCAGCCUUGAUUGAUAUAAGAGGUAUAAAACAUUAUUUGCAAUGUAAGUGUCCAGCGGGACACAUAAAAAGAACAAAGAAAUAUAUAUAAAUGCUUGUUAUUU